UGAGAGAAUUGCGAGGCAAUCAGGAUGAGGUCCAGCGGCGCAGCACCGGAGAAUGGCGAUGGCGAGGAGGACGGAGAAAGUGGGCAGGACCACCAUGAGGGCGAUCCGCGUCCGUUGCCGUACGACUUUGAACAGGAGCUGAUCAGAAAGUCCAACAGGCAUAUACGCCUCUACGAAGCCUUCGUUCCGGUUAGCAAAGAGUAUAUGCUGACUCGCAAAUUCUACGCCGAGUACGAGCAGCGGAAGCCGGCGCAGCCCCUGCGCUUUCUGCGCUACACCCAACCGGAGAGACUCCUGGAGCGGCAGAGGCAGCUGCGCUUGGGGACACCGCGGCUGGAAUCGCAAAUGUAUGGCUGGCUGCCGGUGCAGGGUCGAAAGUGUGCCCUAGAGCUAAAUUUCCUGCAUGCCCCAAAACUGCGCUGCAGCAUGACGAUCCAUGGCGAAAACUUGAUGGCGGAGCGCAUCACGGAGCGUCCUGCAUUCAAUGGACUGCGGUUUUUGCUUCAUUAGAAACGCAAAGAAUUUGAAAUGGAAAUCGCCAUAGAGUGGCAACACUGAGCAAUCGAGCUUACAAGCCAGUUGGCAGCCCAAUCAAUGUUUACGUUCUGCGUUCAUUUUUGCAAUUGAAUAUCAAAAAUACAGUUUCGAAUAUUAGCGACGUUGUA